AUGGCAGGAAACGCAGGAGUUGUUCGUGAUGAAGAAAGUGGUUAUGGAGGGAACAAGAUCCAGCCUUUUGCCUCAACACCAAGGCCAGGAAUAUCAAAGCCUGAGACAGGGAAGCAAAAUUCCUCUGCAUUCAGCAGGAUAUUGGGCUCGGGAGAACUUGUUUCCUUGAAUGUGUGGAGAGCAUCUCUGGCAGAGGUUUUUGGCACAGCAACCCUAGUCUUUGCGAUGGACACUAUCGUAAUUUCCUCCUACGAGACCCAAACCAAAACACCGAACCUUAUAAUGGCAACCUUAAUAGCCAUAACAGUUGCAAUUCUCCUUCUAGCCACGUUUCCCAUUUCUGGCGGCCACAUUAACCCGGUCAUCACUUUAUCGGCUCUGUUUACAGGCCUUAUCACUGUAUCACGCGCCGCCAUAUACAUCUUGGCUCAAUGUGUUGGAGCCACCCUCGGGGCAUUAGCGCUGAAGGCUGUGGUCAAUAGCACCAUAGAGGAAACAUUUUCACUUGGAGGCUGCACUCUCAAAAUUGUCGCACCAGGACCGAAUGGGCCCAUCGUUACAGGGCUCGAGACUGGCCAGGCCCUUUGGCUUGAGAUAAUUUGUACAUUUGUCUUUCUAUUUUCUUCAAUAUGGAUGGCAUUUGACAGGCGGCAAGCCGUAGCCCUGGGCCGUGUUAUCUUUUGCUCGAUUAUUGGGGUGGCAGUGGGCCUUCUUGUGUUCAUCUCGACGACUGUGACCGCAACCAAAGGCUAUGCCGGGGUUGGGAUGAACCCAGCUAGGUGUUUGGGCCCAGCACUCGUUAGAGGUGGUCAUUUGUGGAACAGCCAUUGGGUAUUUUGGGUUGGGCCUGCAAUAGCCAGUGUGGUGUUUUCUCUCUACACCAAGAUCAUUCCACGGGAACACCUCCAUGGAUGA